UCACCGGCCCCGCCCACGAAGCUCUGGGGCCUCUCGCGCUGUCCCCUCUGCUCCGUUUCGGCUGCUCCGCUGCGCCAUGGCGUUCGUGACCAGGCAAUUCGUGCGCUCCAUGUCCUCCUCCGCGUCUGCCGCCGCCAAGAAGAUCCUGAUCAAGCAUGUGACGGUCAUCGGCGGCGGGCUGAUGGGCGCGGGCAUCGCGCAGGUGGCUGCAGCAACUGGCCACACAGUUGUAUUGGUGGACCAAACAGAGGACAUCCUGGCAAAAUCCAAGAAGGGAAUUGAGGACAGCCUGAGGAGAAUGGCAAAGAAGAAGUUCACAGAAAACCCUAAGGCUGGUGAUGAGUUUGUGGCGAAGACCCUGAGCUGCCUCUCCACCAGCACUGACGCAGCCUCAGUGGUGCACAGCACGGACCUGGUGGUGGAGGCCAUCGUGGAGAACCUGAAGUUGAAGAACGAGCUGUUUCAGCGGCUGGACAAAUUCGCUGCAGAACAUACGAUCUUUGCCAGCAACACCUCUUCUCUGCAGAUCACAAGCAUAGCCAACGCCACCACCAGACAAGACCGAUUUGCUGGCCUCCAUUUUUUCAACCCAGUCCCCAUGAUGAAGCUUGUGGAGGUCAUUAAAACACCAAUGACUAGCCAGAAGACGUUUGAAUCUCUGAUCGACUUUUGUAAAACCUUAGGAAAGCAUCCUGUUUCUUGCAAGGACACUCCUGGAUUCAUCGUGAACCGUCUCUUGGUGCCAUACCUCAUAGAGGCCAUCAGGCUACAUGAGCGAGGUACUUCUGAGGAUGGUGGUGGUGACUCAGGGUUGUCCUUUGCUCCAGGGGACGCGUCCAAGGAGGACAUUGAUACCGCCAUGAAGUUGGGAGCUGGGUACCCCAUGGGUCCUUUUGAGCUUCUUGACUACGUUGGGCUGGAUACUACAAAGUUCAUCUUGGAUGGGUGGCAUGAAAUGGACCCAGCGAACCCCCUGUUUCAGCCCAGUCCUUCCAUGAAUAAUCUGGUGGCCCAGAAGAAGCUGGGCAAGAAGACCGGAGAAGGAUUUUACAAGUACAAGUGAUGCUUCAAGAGUCCCUCGGCAGCACCCCGAGCCAGCCCUGGGGCAAGAAUGAGCGCACUGUGGGUAACGGCUGCAAGGCUUGCCGUGGCUGCUCGCCCUUGCAGGCUCUCUGAAGUAAUCGUUUGACUCAUUGCAGUAAUAAGGUUCCUCCACUGAGAUCGAAUUCUCUGCCUUCGUAUGUUCUCUUCUGUGUGUUUUUCUGUGCCUUGGAGCAAGCAUCUCUUUUCUGAACCUUGCUGGGUUUUUUUUGUAAAAGCAUUACUUAGACUCAUUCACUCAGGUCUUCUGAAAAUGAGUACGCCAUGUUCAUUGGUGUUGACCCCGGGAGGUGGGAGCUGUCGUGCCCACAGGUGCAUCUAAGGGCCUGCCUGCCUGGGAACAUCUGCAGCCCGCAGCCUCCAGCCUUAGCCUACAUUCUGGGCAUCUGCCUUUGUUUACUUCUCAUCAGGACAGGGCUCCUGGAGUGGUGGGCGAGUCCCUGAGAACUUGGUGUCUGGGAAAAGGCCCAUCUUUGUGGCCAUUUAGCUCUUCACCAUCACUGUCCGUCUCUCUAAUUUUUUUUUCAUGAGAAAUCAAUGCUACCAAGUGCCAAUGAAUUGACUCUCCUAAAAUGCAAUCUUUUACUCUGUAAAAAUGGGAAUGGAAAUAAAUAAACUCAUCUAACUUAAAAUC